UGUAGGUACAUAAUAAUACUUGAAUAAACGCUUGACAGCGCGGGGUAGUCUUAAGUCAUUCUUGCAAUACAUGAAGAUUCCAAUUGGUUGUGUUUCUCUGUGCUCCCGUUAAUAUAAUUAUCCCAAGGGAUUUACUGGGGACUUUACAGUGGCGACGAGUCAAUUAAAUAAGCGAUCUCUCGACGGACAAUAAAAGUAACACCGAAGUUCGAUAUGUCGAUCGGGAAGUUGAGUGUGUUCGACGUUAAGUGCGGGGUGUGGUCGUCGUACGUGGAUCGGCUCAAUAUGUACUUGAAGGUUAAUAAAGUGGCGGACGAUAUGAAAUUACCAGUGCUUAUCGCGUCUAUGGGGGACGAAGCAUACGAACUAUUAGUGAAUUUGGCUAGCCCGAAGGAACCUGCGACAUUAACAUUUGACGAGGCGGUAAAGUGCAUGAGUCAUCACUUACAACCGGCGCCUUCGGCGUUGGCGGAGCGGUUCCGGUUUAGACAAAGGAGACAGAGCGCGGAUGAAACGAUAGCCGGUUAUGUGGCUGAAUUAAAAAGGUUGUCAAGAUAUUGCAAGUUUGGAGAUAAACUGGAUGACAACAUGCGAGAUCAGUUCGUAUGUGGAAUCAGGAGUGACAUUAUUCGCCAGCGGCUCUUUGCUGAGAGUGACGACGUGACCUAUGCGCGAGCGGUAAAGGUCGCGACCGCCCUCGAAGCGGCGGAACGGGACGCGGCCGCGGUGGAAGCGAAGGGGUCACGGGAGUCGGAGGCUAAUGGGAGCGGCGGCGGCGGAGAGGCGGCCGCGGUGCAUGCGCUAGCGCCGGCUGGCGGGAGCGGCCUACGCAAGCGGCAAGGUGGCGGACCGGGCCCGGCAUGGGCCAGCCAGCAGCGGGCGGGCUUCGGGAGGGCCAACCGGUCCAGCGGGGGCCCUAUAGUCGGGGCACAACAACGCUAUUCGUCUUGUGGGGCCUGUGGCGCACAAAACCAUACCUACGGGAGCUGUCGCUAUAAGAACUUUAUAUGCAGCAAGUGCCAGCGCACGGGUCAUUUACGCCGGGUUUGCCCAGAGUGGGGGAAGGCGGAGAGAAGUAACCUGUAUUUCGGAGGUGUGCAGCAGAUGGAGGACGCGGAGAUCAGCGGGAAUGAGUAUGACAUCGAGCAAGAAUUAAACCAUCUGUGCUUGAACGACUAUAAACCAAUAUAAGGAGCUGUUCAGUGGCGGUCUGGGUCGGUACACGGGCGGCAAGGCGACGCUGGCGGUG